AAUUAAGCAUCAAGCAAAGAUAAAAGACACAGCUUUUAUUGGUUCAUAUUUAGCUGGAAAUUGAAACAAACAAUGGAUUUGAACAAAGAUUCAUAUUUAGUUAAAUCUGAGAUGUCAAGCCCUGGAAAAAGAAGCAUGUCCAUGGUGGAUUAUGACAUUCCAGAGACAACGAAACGCGUGAAAAGACGAAGAAGGUCACCUCCUGCAGUUGCAGUAGUGACUGAUAACAUUGGCCAACAAGCUGAGCAGCAGAAAAUGGACUCAUCUAAAGUUGAUCAAAAUAUUGCUCAUACACCUACUGUGAAGAGAAGUUCAAGAUUCAGAGGAGUUAGCAGGCAUCGAUGGACGGGGCGUUAUGAGGCUCAUUUGUGGGAUAAGGGUUCUUGGAAUGUGACUCAGAAAAAGAAGGGAAAACAAGUUUAUCUUGGAGCAUAUGAUGAGGAAGAAUCUGCAGCAAGAGCAUAUGAUUUGGCUGCAAUCAAGUACUGGGGCACAUCAACUUUCAUUAAUUUUCCAAUAUCUGAUUAUGAGAAGGAAAUUGAAAUAAUGCAAACUGUGACUAAAGAGGAGUACUUAGCCUCCUUAAGAAGGAGAAGCAGUGGUUUCGCCCGAGGUGUAUCUAAAUACAGAGGAGUUGCAAGGCAUCAUCACAAUGGUAGAUGGGAAGCAAGAAUAGGGCGAGUUUUCGGUAACAAAUACCUCUACUUAGGUACUUACAGUACUCAAGAGGAAGCAGCUCGAGCUUAUGACAUUGCUGCAAUUGAAUACAGAGGGAUUAACGCGGUGACUAAUUUUGACUUAAGCACCUAUAUAAGAUGGCUAAAACCAGGAGUCAAUACUCAGAUGGCAUUCCAAGAAUUAAGAUCAGAAAAUCAGGCUAUACAAACCAACACUAAUGACAUGAUUAACCCAAUAAAUGACCCUCAAUUCACUUUUGGCUCCAAUUAUUUUGCCACAACUAGAGAAACUCUGCCCCCUAUUCCUCAGAGCCAAGAACCUAUUGAGAGAAAAAUGCCCUUAAGUCCAUGUAACAAGCCGCCUUCGCCUACAGCUCUCAGCCUUCUGCUUCGAUCCUCUAUGUAUCGCGAGCUUGUGGAGAAGAAUUCUACCACUAGUGCUAACGAAAAGGACGACCCAAACAUGAAGAACAAACAACAAGCCAACACAGAAGAUGAUUUUGUGUUUUACAGAAGUGAUAAGUUGCCUGCACUGGAGUCAAUGGACAAGGGUACUACUUCGUCUCAUUUGUGUGAUAGAGCAGGGCAGUCCUUCUGGGAUGUGAUGCCUUAA